CGGGUCUUUGGGAGGGGACACGUCAAUGCAGCCAGCGACGUCACGAGGCCAGCCCGGCCAGCCGGGCUAGCUGGCGCGCGAUUGGCUGCCGCUGUGGCUUACGCGUCGUGCUUCCUCGUCUGCCCCUCGUGUUCGAGGGAGCUCUUUCUCUUUUUCCCUCGGCCGAGAAGAGGCUAUGGCGGCGAUGGCAUCACUCGGCGCCCUGGCGCUACUCCUGCUGUCCGGCCUCUCCUGCAGCUCAGGUAGCGGCCUGGCCAGAGCUUCUUGCUGGCUAGCCUCUGUCCCACGCAGGUGUCUGUGCCUCCUCCCCACAGCAGAGGCCUGCAUGGAGCCCCAGAUUAAUCCUUCCUACUAUACCACUUCUGACGCUGUCAUUUCCACUGAAACUGUCUUCAUUGUGGAGAUCUCCCUGACGUGCAAGAACAGGGUCCAGAACAUGGCUCUUUAUGCUGAUGUUGGGGGAAAACAAUUCCCUGUCACCCGUGGCCAGGACGUGGGGCGUUAUCAGGUGUCCUGGAGCCUGGAACACAAGAAUGCCCACGCGGGUACAUAUGAAGUCAAAUUCUUUGAUGAGGAGUCCUACAGCCUCCUAAGGAAGGCUCAGAGAAAUAACGAGGACGUUUCGAUCAUCCCACCCCUGUUCACAGUCAGUGUGGACCAUCGGGGUACCUGGAAUGGACCGUGGGUCUCCACUGAGGUGCUGGCCGCAGCGAUUGGACUUGUGAUCUACUACCUAGCCUUCAGUGCAAAGAGCCACAUCCAGGCCUGACAGUGUGUCCUCAGCCCUCCCUUGCUUCCUUUAAUAAACAGCCACUGGCUGUCAGGAGUACAUUCAGGA